GGAAUGGAGUGAGGAAGAGAAGAAGAAACAGUUGAUUGAAAGAACAGAGGGGAGUGAGGAAGGGGAAGUGAAGGGGAUCGUGGAAGGGAGUCGUAUCUAGCAGAGAAUAACAGUGAAAAUGAGAAUAGCAUACACCCAGGCAAGACAAGAUCGGACGAGGAAGGAAAAGUUGCAGGAAAAGGGGUUGUGGAUUGGAAGGGAAAUGGAUGAGCUGCAUGAAAGGGAGGCAGAUGAUGAAAAGGAAGAAGACGUGCCCUUGAAAAGACUGAGGAACAAGGCAAGGGUUGUCCCCAAGAGCAGCAGCAGAGGGUCUGACCAGGCAGAGGAAGGUGAAAAGGAAGAGGGGGAGGCGGCAGCAAGGAGGAGAAGAAGCCUAGGGGCAAGCGCGGCACAGAGGGAGAGAAAGAUUGAAGAGAAAAGACCGAUUGAGGUUGGAAGGAAAAGGGUAGAGGAAAAAAGGAGUGAGAAGGAAGGAGGAGCAAGAAGAGAAGAGGAGACAGAAGGAGGAAAGAAGAUCCGGGAGGGAGACAGGGCUCCAAGGGUCAUAAGAACUAAGGAAAAGGGGCUUAUUGGAGAUAGAGAGGGGAUGGACAGAGAGAGGGGUGAAGAAGAAGUGAGGAUAAAAGGAGGCAAGGGAGUGGAAGUUGGAGUAGAAAAGAGAAAGGUGGAGCGUGGUGAGCUAUCCCAAUUGAGAGAGGAAGUGGAGGAAGGGCAGAUGAGUAAGGAGGAAAAAGCUCAAAGAGAAAAGAAGAGGAAAGGGUGGAGGAACUACAUGAUCAGGAUGCUGCAAAACAAUGAACUGCCUGUAAACUCCACGUGGGAUGUCAGGUUUGAGAGGAUGCUCCUCUCAGAGCUGGUGGUAAGUUCCAAACAUUCAGACAACUUGCAGAAAAUGAUGGGACUGCAUGAUAUGCUGGAUGAGAAGUGCACCAAGCUCUUUGAAGACUAUGCUGAGAUUGCCAGGAAGAUGGGAGAAAUGGAAGGAGGAGGUGGAAUUAAGAAAAUUGGAGAAGACCUGGUCACCUGGAUACAGCUGAGAAAGAAGGAAGAAGAGAGGGAUACCCAAGUGGCAAAAUUGAUAGAAGAUAUGGAAGGGGUGAAGAACGAAGUAGAAGAGUUGAAGAAGGGAAAGGCGAAACUGCUAAAACAAGUGGACACUUUGAAGGCUUCCCUGACUAUGAAAGGCAAGGAAUUGGAGGAUGAAGCGGCUGCGAGGGGAAGGGUGGAGAAGAAGGUGGAAGGUUUGUGUUUUGAGGUCAGCAUGCAAGGGCUGGACUUGGAUGAGGAGAUUUAUGAGAGAAAGAAGUUGGGUCAGGACUUGGAAAAAAGAUGGGAAGAAAUACUGAAAGGGAUGAAAGAGCUCAAGUUGAGCCAUCAAGAGAGAGGGGAUGAAGCCACAAAAGUGGUGGAAUGACAGAAGGAGGGGAGGUUUGAAAUCAGAUUGGCAGAAGGAAGAGAAGGGGUCCCUCAGUCAAAGGAAGAAGGAGGAGGGAUGGAUGAGCAGACUGAGGCAGGAAAAGA